CCUUGGGACCGUUACGGCCACACCCGCCCCCCCCCCCCGCGUUGUUGUCCGUCCUGCGUGGCAGCAUGCGAGCGUUGGCCGUGCAUCCAUCCUCUUUGCGCCGCUAUCCCGAAGCCGGCUGCCGACUUCAUCCGUCAACAAACAAUCCGUCUCGACGGUUUCUUCACCCUCUUCGCUUCGAGCACGCCGGCCAGACACGAGCGGCAAGCUUUGGAGGGGCAUUCAUGGCAUCGCUGAGGGGCGUUGCAACCCUCUCACAGUCCAGACCCGCCCCCGCAUUUGUACCUCCCGAAUGCUUCCCUCGCCCCUCGACCAACCACCCAACUCCCAACCAUGGACGACGGCUACCAUGACGACAUCGCGGACGCGUAUAAUACCGCGCCCACAAAGCCCGCCUUCGUCCUCGCCGCCCUGAACCCUGCCGCGCACAAGGUCCUCCAUCACCCGAGGAACGCCCACCUCCGCUACCCGCCCGACAACCCUUACGGCCUCUGGCUCAGCUUCGCCGACCCUCAAAAGCAACAAUGCACGCUGGGCAAGGGAGACACCGAUAUCCAUCUUCCCGACUCGAAGUCUGGCAGCAAAGGCUCGCCUCAUAUCCUGCCCAUCCAUGCGUCCUUCCAAGUCAUCGAGGAUACAGGCGCCGUCUUGCUCUGGGACCACUCUGGCAACGGCAGCGUCGAGCCACUCCCACACCUCAACUCAUACACCGUCAAGUUUCGCUCCAAUGCCAAGUCGGUCCUUGUCGCCCAGGGCAUCAACUCGAGGAUAGCCUUCGGCAAAGACCAGUGGUACCAGUUCGAGAUACAAUGGCAGUCGGACGGGCUAUAUGGGUUCCCCAAGGAUGAGCCCUAUAGGAUGGGACCGAGUAACGCGCGAGUGAAGAAGUACGUCAUGGGCAGGGAGGUCGGCGCCGGCUCGUACGGCUCUGUGUCGUGGGUGUUGGAUGCGACUAGCGGCAAGAUCAUCGCCGUCAAGAAAUUCCACAAGCUCUCGGGCAAGAACCUGGAGUUUGCGACAAGGGAGAUGACCAACCUCUUCAAGAUCAACAGGGACGACUCGAUAAAGCAUGAACACAUCCUCCAAAUUCUCGACUGUGCUGGCGGUGGGAAAGCCGACGACUGGGGCGAAAUAUUCAUGCCGCUCAUGCAAGGGAACCUCAAAUCCCUGGUCGAGAGGUACACCGACCCGGCCGAACACGCCGCCCUGUCCGACGUCGUUCUGCGCCAGAUGCUCCUCGCGCUACAGUGCAUCGCCUCCCACAAGAUCAUUCAUCGCGACGUCAAGCCCGAGAAUAUCUUGUAUGACUCCGAUGCCGCAGGGAACUACCGCUUCUGUCUUGGUGACUUUGGCUUAUCAAACGACCCGGAGCUGGCCCGCACCGCCGCCGGUACCGAACCAUUCAUGGCCCCCGAGGUAUUCGGCCGGAAACGCCAAACCUCAAAGGUGGACAUCUGGUCACUGUUCGCCACUGUCGUGUGGACGCGCACGCCCCAGUUCCGGCGGGACUGCUCGCAGAUGCACGCGCCGGACCUGCAUGGCUGGCUGGUGUCUCUAUCCAAGGCCCACGAGUACGCGAGCAUGCAACGAAUGGCAAGCAUCGACCCGAAGAGGAGGCCAUCGGCGACGGAGCAACUGGCCAUCCUGGACGGUCAUUUCGACGACCAUGCCAGCGUGCGGAGUUAUGGGAGUACGAGCGGGGACGAGAUAGGCGAGGAUUUGAGCGCCCGGUUUUCGAACGUUAUGAAUUUACGGGAUAACACGCCCGGCCUGACGUAUGGUUCCGGCAGUUCGGAGCCGGUCACGUCACCCGAAGUGCCAUACUAUGAGCCGUACGUCAGUGGGAUUUUCGAGGCCCAUUUCCCGGGCCAGGCAGGGCCAAGUAAGGGUUACAUGCCACCGUCGCCGGGUCCGGAGGAGGCCCCGCGGGAUUAUGGGGUGAGUCCCUCAUCCGUUCCAGUUCUCAUCCGCGACCCGGUUUCUGACGUUCAAUAGCAAUGGGUUCGACCCUACGAGAACCCAUAUGGGCCACCCGUCAGCCAAAAUAGCGGGAGCGGGACCGCCGUUCCAGAUACCUGGACGGCAGUUGCCCCGACCACGAUUGAUACUGAUGAGGAGCCACCAAGGAGGAGGCCGAAAGGGAAGAACAGGUCUUAGAUACCUUCACGCUCGGUGAUCACGUUUCUUUUCUUGUGCAUUGCAUGUAUUUGGGGAUAUCAUGACCGAGGUCGGGGCCGGGCGCAUAUUUCACGCUUCACGCUUUUAUGAGGGGUCCGCCUCACUGAUUACUGUGAUGGCUAGAGGAGAGUGGGGGAAUAGGGGCUACCUGUAGAGGUAAUUACUUACGUUUAUGCUCACCGAGAUGGCCGGGCAAAUGGCUCAGCCUGAGAGGUUCCUUGGUUGCAUCGAGUCUCGAACAUACAGCUAGAUCGCAGCCCAUGAGUCGUAUCCCAAACUGAUUCGCACG